AUGAUUCCCUUUCGGGGCUGUGUGUUGCUCGCUGUGUUCUUCUCCUGCCUCGCCCGCUGCACUCCGCCUCCACCGCCUUUCCACACCGUCGCUGCUCAGCAGUGCGGCCGUGCGGCUGUCAGUGCAAAGAUCAAGGGGAAACGCAAGACACGCAGACGCGGCGAGCGGGAGAAACGGCUGAGGGAAAAGCGGGCGACACGCACGCGGAAGUCGCUACUGUCGCAGCCGCCAGAGACCUCAGACGAGUGUGAUCGUACGUAUGUAUGUGUGUAUAUAUAUACACGUUUGUGUGUGCGUGCGUGUGUGUCUGUGGUGGUGGUGGUGGGUGGGGGGGGAAAUGUGAGCGGAGCCGCACACACGCACUCAGGGAGAAAUACUGGGGGGCCGACGGCGCCGCAGGCAACUCCCCGAACACCUUACUAUUUCCUUCACGCCCCGCAGGCAGAAGACAAGCGUGGAAGAGAGAGAGGCGGCGGCCCGUUUCACGCAUUGGCGAGGGACCCAGAGAGCAUAAAAAGGGGCGGCGGGACACACACACACAGACAGACACACACAAAUGGGGAGAACUACGCCUCCCCCCCUACACCACUCCACUCCAACGCAGAUGUGCACAAGAAGGCAGAGAGCUGGGACAUACACACACACUGA